UGCUCCGUAAAACAACAACAUCACAAUCACCCGGAAGAACACUUCAGACCUCGACAAGCCAGACGACUUCAUUGUAUACGGUUUCGCUGAGCGCAAAGAUAAGACCGGAUUGUCUUUGUCACCCUACCCACCCUCCCUACACCGACCCCUCCAACCACACUUCUUACCAACACCGCCCUCUUUCCUCCACGACCUUCCUCCGCCGAUCGCAACCUUUGAACCUCAAACCGACCGACACGCACAUAAGCGACUUCUCUGGACCGGCAGUGCUUGUGACCUGGGAAGAAAGAGCCGCUGUGGAAUUUCUCAAUACACCUGUUGCUUCGAGAGAGAUUAAAGAUCUCUCGGACUCAUAUUCGACAAGAUGGCCGGCAGUCGGAAUUAUGACUUUCUUAUCAAACUCCUCCUCAUCGGCGACUCCGGAGUAGGCAAAUCCUGCUGUCUCCUGCGCUUCAGUGAAGACUCCUUCACUCCCUCCUUCAUCACCACCAUUGGCAUCGACUUCAAAAUCCGCACCAUCGAACUUGACGGCAAGCGCGUGAAGUUGCAGAUUUGGGACACGGCAGGUCAAGAGCGCUUCCGUACCAUUACGACAGCAUACUACCGUGGCGCGAUGGGUAUCUUAUUGGUAUAUGAUGUGACGGACGAGAGGAGCUUCAACAACAUCCGAACCUGGUUCUCCAACGUCGAACAACAUGCCACAGAAGGCGUCAACAAAAUCCUCAUCGGCAACAAAUGCGACUGGGAAGAGAAGCGUGCCGUCUCCACGGAGCAAGGCCAAGCGCUCGCCGACGAACUCGGAAUCCCAUUCAUGGAGGUUUCGGCCAAGUCAAACAUCAACGUUGAGAAGGCGUUCUUCAGCCUGGCGGGCGAUAUCAAGAAGAGGAUUGUGGAUACGCAAGCGCCGCAGGGACAGCAGCAACAGGGCGGAGUGCAAGUUGGACAGGGACAGGGAAUCGCGGGAGGACUUGGGAAGAACUGCUGUUAA